AUGGUCCACGUGGUCCUGGACCCUCAUUGUGGCACCAUGGUCCACGUGGUCCUGGACCCUCAGUGUGGCACCAUGGUCCACGUGGUCCUGGACCCUCAGUGUGGCACCAUGGUCCACGUGGUUCUGGGCCCUCAGUGUGGCACCAUGAUCCACGUGGUCCUGGACCCUCAGUGUGGCACCAUGGUCCACGUGGUCCUGGACCCUCAGUGUGGCAUCAUGAUCCACGUGGUCCUGGGCCCUCAGAGUGGCACCAUGGACCACGUGGCCCUGGGCCUUCAGUGUGGCACCACGGUCUACGUGGUUCUGGGCCCUCAGUGUUGCACCAUGGUCCACGUGGUUCUGGGCCCUCAGUGUGGCACCAUGGUCCACGUGGUCCUGGGCUCUCAGUGUGGCACCAUGGUCCACGGGGUACUGGGCCCUCAGUGUGGCACCACGGUCCACGUGGUCCUGGGCCCUCAUUGUGGCACCAUGAUCCACGUGGUCCUGGACCCUCAGUGUGGCACCAUGGUCCACGUGGUCCUGGGCCCUCAGUGUGGCACCAUGAUCCACGUGGUCCUGGACCCUCAUUGUGGCACCAUGGUCCACGUGGUCCUGGGCCCUCAGUGUGGCACCAUGGUCCACGUGGUCCUGGGCCCUCAGUGUGGCACCAUGGUCCACGUGGUCCUGGGCUCUCAGUGUGGCACCAUGGUCCACGUGGUCCUGGGCCCUCAGUGUGGCACCACGGUCCACGUGGUCCUGGGCCCUCUGUGUGGCACCACGGUCCACGGGGUCCUGGGCCCUCAGUGUGGCUCCAUGGUCCACGGGGUCCUGGGCCCUCAAUGUGGCACCACGGUCCACGGGGUCCUGGGCACUCAGUGUGGCACCACGGUCCACGGGGUCCUGGGCCCUCAGUGUGGCACCAUGGUCCACGGGGUCCUGGGCCCUCAGUGUGGCACCAUGGUCCACGGGGUCCUGGGCCCUCAGUGUGGCACCAUGGUCCACGGGGUCCUGGGCCCUCAGUGUGGCACCAUGGUCCACGGGGUCCUGGGCUCUCAGUGUGGCACCAUGGUCCACGGGGUCCUGGGCCCUCAGUGUGGCACCAUGGUCCACGUGGUUCACUGA